AUGCCCGUGCAUUCCGCAUUUCUCGUCCUCCUCCUGCUCCAAGCAGCCGUUUCCCUAUCUCUCACCUCGCACACAAACCCUCUCCCAUUCCAGCAUGUGAGAAAGCCCAUCUUUGCCCCGCUGUCCAUCGACAAACAUGCCUCCCUCACCGACCCUCCCUCUCGACCCGCAUUCCAACCCGGCAAAGCAUACACGUACAACUUGACCCUGAACACUACCUCCGAGCUCUACUCAUACAACUACCAGCAUGACUCUGAAACAGGCGGUGGGAUGGCCGACGCAGAUAGCUCCGGGUUCUCAGCUGCCGUCGCGUCGAACCUGACCAUCUUGACACAGGCCGAUUCACCAGAACCGGGUACCCUGAUCUUCCUGGCGUACGUUGCUGUUCCAGAUUGUUUGGUCGAGGCUGGUAAUCCGAUUGGGGAAGGUGGGCUGCGUGUUGUCAGGAAUACAUUUGGGACCGAUCAAAACUGCGUCAAGCAAAGUGAGGGGGUGGAUAACCAGACAAGCGUCUGGGUCACACAGGACCUCACGAGUGGGGAGUUCAAGAACGUAUACUACAAUGCUUCUGUCACGUACGAUCCGGCUUCGCAAUGGCAAGAUCCGCUGGGCUACCACAAAUUGAUCGUCAGCUCGCUGCGGACGCUGCAGUCGUAUUAUAACGGAUCAGAGAGCUACGAACAUGAGACAACUGACCGAUUCGGUAACCCCCUUACGGUGCAGUACCGAUAUAUCGGCAAGCUCGCGGACUCGCAAUGCUGGCAAGCAGAUUCCCAGAGUAUCAACGGGGACGAACUUGCCGCCGACACGAAGAACGUGUGUUGGUCGCCUGCGGGAGGUGUCUCCGCCAUGACGGGGGGUGACGCUACCGAGCUGGGCACCACUCAUGACGCAGCUGAAACCGUGGAUAAGGUCGCGGCAUCGAGCGGUUUGUACGCAACUCUCAGCCAGAACGGCACGCUAGAAGUGGUCCAGGGCGGCAUUCCCACUCUAGUCAACUACUCCUCUUGCUCCGGCCCCUUCUCCGACAUUCAACAAGGGCAGAGUGCGAAUUCGGACACACAACUAUUACUCGGCCUAAGCCCCACCGGCCAAGUCUGCCGGUUCACUUGGUCGGCAAGCGGCGGUAGUACACCGCAGAUUGAGGUCGACACGUCUCCGCCAUUCUCAGGCCUGGCUGGCGGUCCUCCUAUGGAGCUGCCAGGCCAGUAUCGAUCACAGUGGGCGCUGGACACGUUCGGGGCGAUCUGGGAGACGCAUGAUACCUCUCCUGACGCACCGUCUUCAACCCCGAUUACAUGGAUGAAUUACACAGAUCCUGGGAGUGUGAAUGACGGGUUUCGGCCCAUUCUAUUCUGGCCCUUCCAUCCCAGCAUCCCCGUCCAGUCCACGCUAUACGGCUUCUUCCUGUCGGACGAACUAAAUCCAUACAUCCUGUAUCUUGCCAACGGCGAUACACAACCAAGCGUCAGCCAGUUUCCCAGCUCGGCCAACGUGAAUGAUAUCCUCUCGUUUCUCCAUCUCGCCCCUGUUGGUCCGACACAGCCCAACCCUGUCGUGGCUGGAAUCCUCGAGGACCAGAACUUCACUUACAGCGUGUGGAACCCACCAGCAUAUUCUGCCGUGAUUAACCCGGCAGAGGGGUUUCUAGACUGGGUGGGUGUGGAUCUUGGAGGGCCGGCGCUAUCAGUAGAGCCAUGGCAUUUCGACGGUGCUGGUGGAGCAGACGACGGUGUCUUCAUCGUCAUGCAGAAUUCUACUGUCGUGACGAUCCAGUUGACUCCAUCUGGGGCAUCACCCUGGGGAGCCCCGAGUCUGAUCCCCUCACCUAACGGCGAAGGACCUUUCAUUGGAGCUCUCGAUAUCAGCUUCGACAAAUUCGGGACUCCCAACAGCCCGUACCAAGGUCGAGCUCUCGUCGGCACCUAUCCGCUCGUGAAUAUAACCACAUUAUCCUACCAAGGCUCUGGAGUAUGGGCUGUCGAUGGCACAGACUGGGAGCCAUUCACCACCGUCAAGAGCCCGCCUGACGAAACUGGGUUUCCUCCCACCACAGCAUUAUCCCAAGUCACUGCGAACACGACCGCCCCUCCGACCGAUUUGACACCGGAACAGAGUGCCCUGUUACUCCGUCUUGGUGGACUCCUGCCGAGUUACACUACGCUGUCAUUUGAUGAUCCCCAGUGGAUGCAGAGUUGGCCCCUGAACAAUUCCUACGUCGACAUCCUGAGCUGGAUAUCAAGUAUCACCGCAAACCCCAGCGACACCAACACCCUAAUCGAUUUUCGCCGCAACAUCUCCCGCGCAGGCGAGGAAGGUAGAAACCUCAUAUGCGCCGCCAUCCAAUCCCAAGAUGUCGACCUCAACAACGACGGCGGCUUGACCGCCUCCGUGCUGAUGGGCACGCUCGCAAGCUUCCCCUUGACCAUCCAAGUCCUAGAGACCUUCGAAGACGUGGUUCUCGCCCAGACCUUUUCCACCACGGCCAAGAUCGCCGCGAUCCAAGAGUCUGUGGCUAUGAACUGCGCUGCGCAGGGUUAUGUGUACGACUUGGCUAGCAUCGCUAACAUCACAGUCCCUGCGGGGGGUUCUGAUGAUCUGGAAGCCGCGGCUAGUGCGGCCUUGGGAAGUUUUGCUGCGAAGCCGCCGUGCCCAUGGGAUGGGCAAGAGAAAGGGGAUGAGGAUAAUGCCCCCGAAAAAACUGUGCUGGAGCCGCACCAUAUCGUGCACCUAUUGCAUAACAAAACUGUGGACGAGGACAGACACGAGAAGUUACUCACAGCUCUGUACGGACUGGCGAAUACCCGCCAUCCCCAUGUCAUUGACAAGGUGGAUAAAUUCACGGAGCACGAUCACCCUGCUUUGCGCGUGGCUGCGGUACGGGCGAUUGCAAACGUGCCGAAUGAACGUGCCACAGGCCACUUAGUCUACCACAGCCUGCACAAUAGCCAGCCAGCGGCACGACGCGCCGGCUUACAGGCUCUACAACAUCACGACCACCAUGAAAACCCCGUCCUAGCCACCAAGACUCUGUUGACUGCCCUCUUCCAGCCACGGGUGCGCAGAACGCCUGCAGACCUCCGCGGGCUGAAGGGAUAUUUCCAGAAGCGAAUGACCAACAGCAACAAUAACAACAACCGUCUUGCAGACUACCGCCUGGCGAGGAUCGGCAUGAAUCGAAUAACGCUUGUGGAAAAGGCGACGUUGGAUUAUCCCGUUCCUGGGGUUUCUUCGCCUCUGUUUACGCCGCUGCAUUGGAGUAGAUCAUACGGGGGCGAAAACGUCCGCGCAACAGUCGGCGUAGUAGUCGACAGCGACUUCGACGCGACGGGCGCCGGAUUCCACGCCGAAGCCUUCGUCCUCGGCUCGCUCUUCUCCACGGACAUUGACAUCGCCUCCGCCGGCGCCUAUGCCUCCUGGACCAGUUCCGGUUCUUUAUCCUUCUUCCUCUGGACUGCGGUGUUUCUCUUCGACCCUGUCUCCCUACAGCAGGUGCCCUAUUACCUGAUUGGUAUCGAGUGGUUCAGCCAGACUGUGUUUCAGCUUGUGCAGGGCGAUCCGUGUACCAUCCAGCUGCCGAGUAACCCAGCUGUCACGGUAAGAGAGACGAGGUCGUUUGUGCAGGCGACUUAUUAUUAUGGGAUUCCGCUUAUUGCGGAGGUAGAUUUACAUGUUGAGCUGGUGGGGUGGUUUGAGGUCGGGUAUGGUGUCGAGCUAGUCACGCAGAACUUGUCUAGUCCGAUUCCGGGGCAGAUCACGGGGUAUAUCCGCCCGGGGAUGGGGCUGGGGGGCCAGAUCAGUGCUAACGUGCGGGUGCUGGUCGCCAGUGGUGGUUUGGAAGGGGAUCUGGAGUUUGCUUCGUUGUACCUGCCUGCGGGUGGGGGUAUGACGGUCAACUCGUUGUCUCCGCUGGCCGCCGGGUUUGGCGACUCGAUUCAGAUCAACGGGGAGUUUUUGCGGGGAAGAGUGGCGUUGUACUAUGAGAUCUGGAACUGCUGUUGCUGGUACUGUUGGUUUACCUGCUGCUUCGACUGUGGUGGGGGGUGCAACUACCGCGGGUAUUACACCCUGUUUUCGUGGAACGGCAUUUCCUUGCCUGUUAUUUACAUUGAUAACCGGCCCAAUUUGUGCGCGUCACUGAGGUCUGCUGCCGAGCUGCCUCACCGUACUUUGGGAUCCGGGGUGAUGAUGUUGCAAGGGCCGGCGCUCGCGGACUAUCUGCCGUACAUGGCUCCUCCUCCGCUGGAGGUCACGGAUGGAGAUGAGAUUGUUGACAUGGAUGCGGAAAACUGGAUGGAGUGUGGCGGUUAUUACGACCUUCGCUCGAGGCUGGUGCAGUUGAGCACAUGCUCGUAUCAGUCGAUGGACUGCGAUGGGAUGUCUCUUGCCACGCGAUACAUGCUCCCCGAGGACCCCAACGUCGACAACUUCGCCUACGACUGUAACAGGUACCCGGAGCUCUGCCAGAACACCGAAUGCUGGCGGAAAUGGUCGCCCUACUCGGCCGGCGCGCGGAAAAAGAUCCAGUGGGAGUAUGACGACGUGUACAUCCCGAGGCGACGGUGGGCCAUGUCGCGGUUGGGGUCGCCGCCGGCCGGAACACAGCGCGACGAAGUUCCUAUGAAUAAGUGCACCGAUGGCGGAUGCUGUGCGAGGGUCCAGGCCAUCGAAGCAUCCCAGAACAGCGCCCACGGAGGGGAUUUCUGCGGAUUCCUGCGGUCCAACUUUGGCCCUGCGCCGGGAUAUCGACCCGUUAAAGGGGAGUUUACAGUGUCGUACAAAACACCUCCCCCAGCAACCGACAAAGCCACGUGCAAAGGCGACGACUUCCGCUUCGAAGCGGACGGCGGUGAUUCCUACCGCCAACCGUCCACGCGAUCUUGCGCAGGAGAUCCCCCAUGCGAAGAACCUAACUAUGGUGUUGCCCUCGGUCUCCCUCGGUUUGAGAAGGCCACAAUGACAGCGUAUCUCCCAGGCAGCAAUCACCCACAGCUGGCAUUCAACUUUGACGACAAAGUGGAUGUCCAUUACCAACCCAUCCUCAAACCCAACCUCGAAGCAAUCCGCUACUCCCACCUCCAAAACCUCACCGUCGGUUCCCGCGCCCUCGCAAUCCACGGAAACUUCACCUCUGGUGCAGAAAGAUGGCUACACAGUAGCACUGGUGCAGAUGGAGACAUCUUCCAGCUUACCCUAGACCACGAGCUCGUCAGCCAUGACGACAAAAGGGACACCACACACAGCCGUGUGACCCUCCACCUGGCUGCUGAAUACAGCCAUCUCGUCUACCAUCCGAGGAACCCGGCCCACCAGCGGCAGGUGGACAGUAGGGCCGAGAUGUGCAUCAAUGUUAGUGAUGCCGCGGUCUUGCAGCGGUUGCUUGGUAGCCCAGCAGUUUUCAAGACGAAGGGAGCGGAACAGAAGCCUGUUGCUCCUCCUGUUACCCAGCAGCCUCUAAUCCAACCGCCUUCACAUCUGGAUCGUGGUUUAGAGGAAGCAAUAUCCAAACCGUUCCGUGUGGCGGACUUGGCUUCGCUGCGGGCUAUGAAGAGUCAUGUUCACGAUCUGGGGGCUUCGACAUUCUCUCUGCGCGAGAUUGUCCUGACGUUCCUCCUGCUCGGCCUCUCGGUGGUUUAUCUCUUCAGGACAGCAUAG